AUGGCUUCCACAAUGGUGAAAACGAUAUCUGUGAGCGAUAUUGCUGAAAUGAGCGACGCUGAGCUCGCCGAGUUCAUGAAGAGAUGUCGUCUGCCUAACGGUAAUUACGAUAUCUCUGUUGAUGAUUGGCAUAAGUUGUCCCAGGAUGAACGCGGCCGUCUUGCUAGGAUACUAGAGGCCAAAAAACGCGAUCUGGCCGCGAGUCCCACGGCAUGUUCUUACUCGCUCGAUCUCGAUGACCUGGAUGCACGCCUCCGUCAAGUAUCGCCUAAAGGGAGCUUUUCAUCACGACCCGAACCACAAGUAUUCGAGCGACAGCGGGUCCCCACACCACCUAUCGAAAGGCACAAAUUCGAACUUCGGGCUUAUCACCAACUCUUAGAGAAUGGCGGUCGCCCAUUAUACCCCGUCAGCCUUAUCAACAAUAUGCAUAACGAUCCAGACAGCUACGCUGAGAUAUUGCUUCCUUGGCAGGAAGACUUUUUAGAUAUACGCGCAGAGGGCAUAUUUGAGAGACAGUUGCGGAGGUGGCAAGACUUCCGCAAGUGGCAGAACGAUAACCGAGGCUGUGAGGAUGAUGAUGGUGGUUAUCCUGCGUACGUUGAGCGAGAGAAGCGCUUGAUAAAAGAAGACAUGACCGAGGAGGCUGGCGCAGAGCUCAUAGCAAAGAUUGAAGCUGAUCCAUCAAGGCUUAAGACGGGAUGGAAUCUACAGCAAUUCCUCCGCAGUCAGGAUCGACGUUUCAAUAGGGAACACGGAUGCCAAGGAUUCCACGACUAUAAAGCAGCGGUGAAGCGCCGGCUUGCGCGUUACGGCUUCACCCAGCCGUUCGAGCUCGACGAAGACUCUAAGAAUCAGGACAAGCUGACGACAUGGAUCGAGUACCUCAACUACGAAUACUGGUGGCUUGACAAGUACGUCAGCGACAUCGAACGCCUGCAGCCAGAGCACGACAGGCUGUGGCAAGCGCUCGUCAAUAAGAAUGUUCUCAAACCUCACGAGACAAAAGAGUUUGUGCGGACCCCCGAAUCAGGCAUGGAGACCCAGACCGCAAAGAACAAGGCCUUGAUAGCCGUGCAACAGGCAGAGUUGAAAGCGAAGCAAAUACAUAAGUUGACUCAAGAAGAUCCAAACCGUUUUGACAUUCCUAGCGACAAGCGCAUAUCGAUGAUGAAAAAGAGCACGGAGAACUUGCUUGCCGCAAAGCGACAAUUAGAGCAGGCUAAAAGACGAUCACACCUCAUUAUACAAUUUACUUAUGCCAUGGGUUCUGAGCCAGGUUCCUUUGAUUAA